AUGGCGACUCUAAAGUCGUCAUCCAGCAUGUCAACAAGGACUGGGAGUGCUCACAGGAAAAGAUGGAUGCCUACUGCAAGGAGAUACGUAAGCUCGAGGCUCACUUCUACUCACUUCUAUGGCUUGGAGUUCCACCACAUCCUCCGAGACUACAACAUGGCAGCUGAUGUACUCUCCAAGCUGUGCUCCAAGUGGGCACUCAUCCCAGCUGGAGUCUUCGUUCAGGCUCUCAACUCCCCCACAGUUAAGAUCGAGGAGGCACCUCCUACUAAGCCUGACCUAGUGCCAGCCCUAGGCCAGGAAGUACUGGUCGCCAAUCCAGAUUGGCGAGCCCUGAUACUCGACUUCAUCAUCAACAACAAGUCCUAUCUGAAGGACAAGGAGCACGAGCGACUCGCCCGCUGA